GUUCGAAGAUCGAAGCGGGAGGAGGCUGCCGUCGCGAAGCCGGCUGUCGUUGAUGGUUACAGAAGAAAGGAAAAUAUACCAUAGGUAGUCUGAGUCGAACAAGCACCAAACUGUUUCGCGUCGUUGUUUUAAAUAAUGACCAGCGGUAAAAAAAGACAAAUGAUUAGCAACUUUUGAAUUAGCUUGUUUGGUUUGCUGUUGUCAUGAAAGGCUCACGAGAGGCUUGCUAGCUGGUGUUAGCAGCUUAGAGGUUGAAGGAUGGACCUGACUACGUGUUUGAAGUCUCUGUUGUUGGCUAUCCAGCAGUACAGAGACGGCAGGACGGCACAAAACGCGGCGCAGCUGCAGAAACAAGUGGAGGAGGUUUCCGGCCUCAAAUGUGACCAGCUGCUGUCCUCGGGCCAGGUUUUACCCAGUGAGUGUGUGAGUGGACUGGUGGAGCUGGCUGGAAACCCCAACACCAGCCCGGCCCUGACAAGCUCCAUCAUCUCCCUACUGGCACAACUAGCCUGUGAUGAUGACAGUCGGGAGGUGCUCCACAGCAGCUACAACCUCACCAGCACCCUGGCCUCUGUCAUCCACUGCCACAGUGGCACGCCAGGAGAGCCACUGGUACUGCAGUGUUUACAGGUGCUGCAGAAAUUGACCUACAACACUCGCAUCUUCCAGUCAGCAAACUACAUCCACGAGCUCAUAGCUUUUCUCAUGACCAACAUCCAAUCUCGCAAUGACGACAUCAUCAUGCCCUGCCUCGGCCUCAUGGCCAACCUGUGUCGCGACAACCACUCAGUGCAGAGCCACAUCAAGUCUCUGGACAAUGUGAAGCCGUUUUACCGUACGCUGAUCAACUUCCUGGCUCACAACAGUCUGACUGUGGUGGUCUUCACGUUAUCCAUACUGUCCAGCCUCACUCUGAACGAGAAGGUUGGAGAGAAGCUCUUUGAUGCCAAGAACAUCCACCAGACUUUCCAGCUUGUGUUCAACAUCAUUGUGAACGGGGAUGGCACCCUGACAAGAAAAUACUCAGUUGACCUUUUGGUUGACCUGUUGAAGAACCCAAAAAUAGCAGACUUCCUCACUAGGUAUCAGCACUUCUCAGCUUGUGUGUGUCAGGUUUUGGGACUGCUGCAAUCAAAAGACCCAGACUCUGCAGCCAAGGUUUUGGAGCUCCUCCUGGCCAUGUGCAGUGUCUCAGGUCUGCGUCUGCUCCUGUGCGAGGUGGUUUUCAAACCGGCGGGAGCCAAACUCAGAGCAGCAGGCCGAAGGCAGGGGGCCGGGCUGGAUGGGGGGCGCAAGGCAGAGUCUGGGCUCGCGCUGGCGCAGUGGCUGAGCUCACCAGUGGAAGGCGCCGAAUCUUGCACCCUCCAGGCCCUGCACCUGUUGAAUGAGCUUCUGGAGGAGGCAUUGGGAGCAGAGAGUGUACCUGAAUCCGUGGUGAGCUUUGUAGAAAUGUUGCUUCCAGUCCUGUUAGGGCUGCUGAAGGGCCUUGAUCCUGCAAAGGGAGACGCUCACCUGAGAAAACACUGCCACCGCAUCACACACGUUACCAGUCUGCUGCUUAUCCUGUGCACCGAGGACUCCACCAGAUCUUUAGUGUCCCGUCAGGUGAGCGCUCACCUCUGCCUCUCACAGGUUGAAUCCCUUCUCUCAUGUUGCCAUAGCAACAACCCCCUCACCUGUCUCCCUCCGGGCUCCGACAACGAUCUCAGUCAGGUGUGUGCAGAAGCUCUGCUGAACACUCUGGAGUUAAUGAGCAAGCUGAGACAGCAGGUGAAAGACAUGGAGACCAGCUUCUACAGGAUGUUACAGGAUCAGAGGAUAGUUACUUCGCUCUCUCUGGCCCUGACAUCCCACCACAGAGAGCGUGUGCAGACUGGACUAUCUCUGUUGUUUGAAGCCGCCCCCCUCCCAGACUUCCCAUCAGUGGUUCUGGGAGAGAGUAUUGCUGCCAACAACGCCUACCGCCAGAGGGAGGCCGAGCUGUCCGUCAAACGUGUUGCGGUGCAGGAAGUCCCACCCCCCAGGACAAACACCAGUGUACUGGACUCCAGUGGUUCCAGCAGGAGUGUCCACAGCCUGGUUGAGAAGAUACAGAAUUCCCUGGAGCUGCAGGACCAGGUUAAGGACUCACAUGUGUCUGAGAUCAUCGACGUUUAUGAACAGAAGCUCUCGGCAUUUGCAUCCAAGGAGAGUCGUCUGCAGGACUUGUUGGAGGCGAAGGCUCUGGCUCUUUCUCAGGCCGACCGUCUCAUCGCUCAGUAUCGCUUCCAACGAGCUCAAGCUGAGGCCGAGGCUCGUAAGCUGGGCUGUCUGCUGAAGGACGCCGAGCGUCGGCGCGAGGAUCUGCAGGGCGAGCUGAGCAACCAGGUGCUGGAGGUGGAGCGCUCCAAGGCCGACAUGGAGGAGCUGCUGCAGCACAACGCCAGGCUGCAGCAGGACUCCGAGGAGCACCAGGCGCUCAAAGGAGCCUACAACGCCCUGCUCAACAGGCUCAGCGAGAGCGAGCGGCUGCUGAAGGAGCUGCAGACAGCUCACAUCUCUCUCACCAAACAGAGUGACUCUCUGAGGAAGAGCCACGAAGCCCUCCAGCUGCAACACGAAAAGAUGGCGUCAGUUUUGGAGGAGAGAGGGGAGGAGAUCAGAUCGCUCCGUUCAGAUCUACAGCAGAAAAACAGUGACAUAGCAGGUCUGCGUGGUGAACUGCGGGCCGAGGAGGAGAGGGGAAAGGAAAGGGAUCGAGAGAGGAGGGACCUGGAGGAGACGGUGGAUGUUUUGAGGAAGGAACUUAACAAGACGGAGCAGGCCAGGAAGGAUGCCAGCAUCAAGGCGUCGUCUCUGGAGCUGCAGAAGAGCCAGCUGGAGACGAAGCUGGAGCAGAAGGAGGACGAGCUGAACAAGCACUCGGCGAUGAUCGCCAUGAUCCACAGCCUCAGCAGCGGCAAGAUGAAGAACGACGUCAACCUGUCGCUCUGAGCGACGCACAGCUAUGGAGAUGAGUGAGGAGGGGAAAACAGAUGUUUUUAAAAAAUUUAUUAAACCCUAUGGAUCAUGAGCUUAAUUUUUAAACUUUUAUGAACUGUUUUAUACCUAAUAAAAACACAUUUAAUUAACUGUACUAAACUAAACUUGUUCUUUUUUUUUUUCUUAUGUUAAGGUCAUAUUGAAAUCUUUUUGUGUGUCCUAUUUGUGUCUGUGCUUUUACUGUUUGUUAAAUAAAUGAUGGAUUUGUA